AUGCGCAGUCUGCGCGGACCUGCAGCGAGGCGGGGAGGGUCAGUGCUAGUGAGCGCACGGGGGUGGUGGGGGAACGGGGCGAGGGGGGCGGCGGAAAAGCUAGUGGAGCAGGUGGGGGAAGAGGCUCUGUUGUGGGGGCGAGGUGGACGGGAACGGGGGGACGGGGAGGGAGAGAAUGCGCGGAGAGGGGAUGGAGGGGGCGGGGAGCAGGCGAUGGCGGAAGAGGUGCUUGUGUGGGCGGUGCCGGGGCGAGCAGGUGGGGAUAGGCGCGGCAUGGGCGACGGGAGUGAUGGAGUUGGCAGGCCGGAGGAGAGGAGACGGCAGCAGGCCAAGGCGAGCAGAGACUGGCGCAGCAGGGGGAAGAGCAGCGGGGCAGGCAGCAGUGCGCGGGGCAGCACAGGGGGAGGCACGGGGGAAGGCAUAGGGGGAGGCAGCAGCGAGGAGAUGCUGGUGCCAUCGGCGGCAGUGCUGCUGCUGCAGGGGCUGACGGCGGAGGCGAGAUGGCGGCUGGUGGACCAAUGCACUCACGCCCUGGUUGAGCAGGCCGGUGCGAUCGACAGCAAGGCUCGCCAGCUGUCACAACAGGACUGGUCCACGUAUUGCACGGACGUGAUUGGCCGGGCAGUGCUGACGUCAGCGAGCCAGUGGCAGCAGCAAGUAGUGGGUGGCAGCGGGCGGAGAAGAGGAGAGCGACUAGUGGGCGAGGUGGCAGCAGGGGCGAGUGGUUGGGGCCCGCAGGGUGGCGUUGGUGAUGAAGUGGGGGGAAGUGCUGGCGAGCAGGAGGGGUUGAGAGGAGGCGGUAGGGAGGCAGAAGGGGUUGCAGUGGGGGAGUGGGCGGGGAGGGAGUCGUGGGUGCGAGGGGAGGCGGUGAGGGGGGCCGUGGAGGAUGGCAGGUGGGCGCUCCACUGCCACCUGCUGCCCCACCUCCGAUUUAACCAGCACGACGACAGCGGGUCUGACAGUUGCAUAGCGCAGGUGGUGCUGGACGACCUGGUGGUGGAGAUGGCAGAGGCGGCGCUGCUAGCCGUGAUAGACGCGGCCAGCACACGGGAGAGCCGCCACUGGAUGGGGCUCUCCCUGCCUGCCCUUGACUCGCUUGACUCGCUUGACUUGUUGGAGGGGGGCUACAGCGGUGGCAUCAGGGGGACGGGAACGGUGGGGUUGAGAGAGUCGCAAGGGGGGAUUGGAGGGUGGGAGGUGGACGGGGAGGGGUUGAGUGUUGUUGGACAGGGCAGGGGAGGCAGCAGCAGCAGCAGGGGGGGAGUGAGCAUGGGUGAUGUGCUAUCCGUGUUCCGGGAGGAGUACCGGUCCUCUCGACGAUUCGACAAGUUCAGGAAUGAGGUGGCGCUGCGCAAGUGGCUGCGCCGCAACAUCACAUCGGUGGUGGCCAUCUUUGAGGACCGCUUCCUCCUCUGGGGGCUGCGCCGCUCCUCCCCGCUGCCCUUGCCUCUUGCUGCCCUUGCCUCUUGCCUCUUGUCACAGCAGCAGCAGCAGCAGCAGCAGCAGCAGCAGCAGCAGCAGCAGCAGCAGCAGCAGCAGCAGCAGCAGCAGCAGGCACAUCAGCUGCCCCCCGUGUGGUUCCCCAGUGACUUCAGCAGCGCCCACAAUGCCACCACAGCAAGGAGCCCUCUGGCCUGGCUGCAGGGGCUGCUGAGACGAGGCAGGCCGAGCAGUGCUGGUGCUGUGAACACUGAUGAUUCAGGCAUGGGUGCAGCUGUGGAGGUGGCUGGGGGUGGGGUGGGUGAGGAGGAGGGGAUGGGGCCAGCGAAUGACACGUGGCAAUGGUGGCAGAGGAAAAGGAAGCAGCGGCAGCAGGGGCAGCAGGGGAGGGUGGGUGGGCCGGUGGGUCUGGUGCGGCGCAGUGUGGUGGGCAGCAGACGAGGGGAGCUGCGACAGCUGAGAGGAUGGAAGCUGCUGGUGGUGGUGGCAUUGGAGCUAUCGGAUCUGCUCAUUCCGCUCUUCAAGGCGGCCAUCACAGCAGCAGGCAGGGCCGUCUCCUUCCUGCUCGUGGCUCUCAUCGGCCGCUCGCUGGGCCUUGUGUACCGCGGCAUCAUGCAGAGCUGGGGGCAGGCGCUCUAG